AUGAUUUCAAGAGUUGUUGCAAGAUCAGCUCGUGCUAAUAGAUUGUCUACAUUGACUAGAUCUGUUCCAAGGGCAUACAACUUGAAUUUGAAGCUUGCCGCUAGUAACAGAUUUUUAGCUUCCAAGGCAGAUACUUCAUCCGCUGACUAUGAGAAGGUUUAUGAUCCAAGCGCCAAAACUGUCUCUUUAGGCAAUUUGGACACCUUUGCUAGACGUCAUCUUGGUCCUACACCAGAAAAUGUCAAGACCAUGUUGUCAGCUUUGGGAUACAAGGAUUUGGACGAAUUCUUAAGUAAGGCUAUCCCAGAACAUGUUUUAUACAAGAGAGCAUUACAAAUUCAACCACAACAAGGGUUCACCGAGCUGGAAAUGUUAGAACAUUUACAUAACUUGGCCAAUAAGAACAAAAUUGUCAAGUCUUUUAUUGGUAAGGGUUAUGCUGGUACUAAGGUUCCACCAGUGAUCCAAAGAAACUUAUUGGAAUCACCAGAAUGGUAUACUUCUUAUACUCCAUACCAACCAGAAAUCUCGCAAGGUAGAUUAGAAUCAUUAUUAAACUACCAAACCAUGGUUACUUCCUUAACUGGUUUAAAUAUGGCUAAUGCUUCAUUAUUGGAUGAAGGUACCGCUGCAGGUGAAGCCAUGUCCUUAUCAUUCCACAGUUUGAAGGGCAAAAGAGGUAAAUAUGCGGUUGAUACUAACCUCCACCCUCAGACUUUAGAUGUUAUGAAAUCUAGAGCCGAAAAUAUCGGAGUAGAAAUUGUCGAAUUACCAUUAUCUACUCAAGAAGGUCUUGAAGAAUUAGAGAGGAUUGCUUCUGAUUCGUGCGGUGCCUUAGUUCAAUACCCAGGUACUGAUGGUUCGCUUAACAACUACACUAAAGUUGGUGAGAUUGUUCAUGCUCACAAGGGUCUUUUCGCCAUGGCUACUGAUUUAUUAGCUUUGACUUUAAUCAAAUCACCAGCAGAAUUUAAUGCCGACAUUGCAUUGGGUACUUCUCAAAGAUUCGGUGUUCCAUUCGGUUACGGUGGUCCACACGCUGCAUUUUUCGCAACCAACAUGAAAUACUCUCGUAAAAUUCCAGGCAGAAUUGUUGGUUUAUCAAAGGAUAGAUUAGGUAAACCUGCCUUGAGAUUAGCGUUACAAACCAGAGAACAGCAUAUUAAGCGUGAAAAGGCUACCUCUAAUAUUUGUACUGCUCAAGCUUUAUUAGCUAACAUGGCUGCCAUGUAUGCUGUUUACCAUGGACCAAAGGGAUUGAAAGACAUUGCUUCUAGAGUUUACGGUUACACUACUGUUUUAGCUAAUGAAAUCUCCAACAAUUCUCAACACGAGAUUGUCAACGAUAAAUGGUUUGAUACCUUAACUGUUAAGUUGGGUGGUGGUGUUAAGUCUGACGAAAUCUUGAACAAGGCUCUUAACGAGUAUAAUAUCAAUUUAUUCAAGGCAGGCGAAGAUAAGGUCUCCUUGUGUUUGGAUGAAACUGUCGAAGAAAAGGACUUGAUUGCAUUGGUGGAUGUUUUCACAGGCAACGAUCUGUUCAGCACAUCGUCAAUCUCAGAAUUACCAAAAUUACCAACCGAGUUAUUGAGAACCGACGAAAUCUUAGCUCAUCCAGUUUUCAACACCCAUCGUUCUGAAACUUCCAUGUUACGUUACUUGCAUUUAUUGCAAAGUAGAGAUUUAUCUUUGGCUAAUUCCAUGAUCCCAUUAGGUUCAUGUACUAUGAAAUUGAAUGCCACCGUUGAAAUGCAAACUUUAUCUAUGCCAGGUUUCAAUCAAAUACAUCCAUUUGCUCCGUUAAACCAGGCUCAAGGUUACAAGGAAUUAGUCGACGAAUUCGAAAAAGAUUUAAAUGACAUCACUGGUUUUGAUGCUACUACCAAUAUGCCAAAUUCUGGUGCUCAAGGUGAAUACACUGGUUUAUCAUUAAUCAGACAAUAUCAUAAAUCCAAGGGUGAAUACGAACAAAGAAACAUUUGUCUUAUUCCAGUUAGUGCUCACGGUACUAACCCAGCCUCUGCUGCUAUGUGUGGAUUAAAGGUUGUUCCAGUCAAGUGUUUGAAUAACGGUUCUAUUGAUGUAGAUGACUUGAAAGUGAAGGCCGAAAAGCACGCUGAAAAUCUUUGUUCUAUCAUGAUCACAUACCCAUCUACUUACGGUUUAUUCGAGCCAGGUAUCAAGACUGCAAUUGACCUUGUGCACAACAACGGUGGUUUAGUGUACUUGGAUGGUGCUAACAUGAACGCCCAAGUUGGUUUGACUUCGCCAGGUGACUUAGGUGCAGAUGUCUGUCACUUGAACAUUCACAAGACCUUUGCAUUAUCCCACGGUGGUGGUGGUCCAGGUCAAGCCCCAGUAUGUGUGAAGGAACACUUAAAGCCAUUCUUACCAAAGCAUCACUUCUUAGACACUCCUCAUUCCACUAAUGAAUCCAUCCAAGCCGUUAACUCUGCUCCAUACGGUUCUGCUUCAGUUAUCCCAGUUUCCUACUCGUACAUCAAGAUGUUGGGUGCCAAGGCCUUACCACACGUUUCGUCUAUUGCCAUGUUGAACGCUAACUACAUGUUAGAAAAGUUGAAGGACGACUACCAAAUUAUGUUCGUCGACCAUAGUGCCUCCACCGACGAGGGAUUGAAGCACUGUGCUCACGAGUUCAUCUUGGACUUGAGAGAAUUCAAGGCUGUUGGUGUUGAAGCCAUCGAUGUUGCCAAGAGAUUACAAGAUUACGGCUUCCAUGCCCCUACCAUGUCUUUCCCAGUGGCCGGUACAUUGAUGAUUGAACCAACCGAAUCUGAAAACUUGGAAGAAUUGGACAGAUUCAUCAACUCCUUAUUGUCCAUCAGAAAGGAAAUCAAUGCCAUGGCCAAUAAAGAACCAUUAGGCCAAGUAUUGAAGAAUGCUCCUCAUUCGUUGAAUGAUAUCGUCUCCACUUCCCAAGCCGACUGGGAAGCCAGAGGCUACACUAGAGAACAGGCUGCAUACCCAUUGCCCUUCUUGAAGGAAUCUAAGUGCUGGCCUUCCGUUUCCAGAGUAGACGAUACUUACGGUGACAUGAACUUGAUGUGCACUUGUCCAUCAGUUGAAGAGGUUGCCGCAGACCAAUAA